GUUCUUCAACUCAUACUCGUGUUCAUCUACUGGCCAGGAGUAGAACUACAGAAGUGGGAGUCACCGCGAAAAUAUAAACAAACAAAAACACAUGUUCGUAGCUCGGUCCUUAACCCUCCUGAAGUUACAGCCUGUUGCGGCCUUUUUCCUGCCAUUAAUAGCCCAUUGCGGAAUGUCCAGUGAAGCAUUCGUCAACCUUCCCGAGGUUGAUAUCGACCCUGAUGGCAGGUUCAAGUACAUUUUGAUCAGGGCCACCGACACGAAGACCAAAGAGAAGAAAAUGAUCGUCCGUGGAUAUAAAUGGGCUGCGUUCCAUGCUGACAUCUUCGAGGACGUGGAGAAGAAAGUUCACGGCACCGGCGUCGACGUUUGGUGUGUCGGCGGCGGCAGGAUUCUGCACACGUCGCAAGACAAAAAGCUCGCUGUUUUCGGCUACUCUCAGGGCUAUGGAAAAGCAGACCACACAAUUUCGGUGGGUCUCCUGAAGAAGGUUUAUCCUGAUUACACCAUCACCUGCAGUGACGAAGGCUACUAAUUUUUUAAGUAAUGAAAAUUGUGUCAACCCUGCGGAAAUAAAUUAUUCACUUUGUCAUCAGAAAAA